CGCUCCGAACCACGGAGACCGAGAAACGCGGGCAGCAGAAGAACCCCCCGGGCUGGCUUUUCAUAUUGGGGAGGAAAACCAUAAGGGGCUCCGGGAGAGAAUUAGUCCAGAUCCGGCAGAUAAGCGUUUUUGAUUGGCCAGAAGACGAGAAAGUAAAGUUAUCAAGAAAUCAACCCAAUACGAUGGCGUGGAGGUGGGACGCUCUUCCUAUACUCUGGAUCCUUAUCGAAGGGGCUUUUAGUAGACAUUGGGCAGCGUGGAUGCCACAGACAGUUUCAGCCUUCAGGGAGACCUGCGUGGCCAUUCCGUGUACCUUCGACUUCCCCGAAGACAUACGACCUUCCACGGUCCACGGAAUUUGGUACUUCAACAGCCCGUAUCCUAAAAACUUCCCUCCAGUGGUGUUAAAGACGAAGACCAACACCGCUCACGAGAUUUACACGGGUCGCACGAAGAUGCUGGGGGAACUACAGGAGAAGAACUGUACCCUACAGAUCGACAGUCUCAACCCGGACCUCCAAGGAAAAUAUUACUUCAGGACCGACCUUGGUGGAUACAAUCAGUACACCUUCUCGGAACACGCCAACCUAUACGUAUUAGAUGAGCCCUUUGUUGUGUCCCCUCAAGAAAUCGUAUCGGGCUCGGAAACCGAGCUGACGUGUCUGGUUCCGGACAACUGUCCAGACAUGAAGCCUAGCGUCACCUGGUUGGAUAUUGAGGGUUUGGAGCACCAUACGGUGUAUGCCCGGCUUGAGGAGAGCAGUUCUGCUUGGACACACAUCUCAUCUCUCAAGUUUCUUCCUUCCCAUAAAAAUAACGGUCAGCGGCUCGGCUGCAAAGUCACCUUUCCCGACACCGAACUGGAAUACAAAGGAUACGUGACAAUGGACGUGAAGUAUGCCCCGAGAAUCGUGGAUAUUAAUUCAUCCACGGAGACCACGGAGGGCACGCAGGUGGCCAUUGUGUGCGUGGUGGACAGUAACCCUGUAUCGCGCAUCAUGUGGUUCAAAGAGGACACUCUCUUAAAGGAAGAUUAUGCGGGGAACCUAACUCUGGAACUGGAGUAUGUGACAUUCAAUCAUGACGGGAUUUACGUCUGCGCCGCCGAAAACGAACAUGGCGCCACCAACAAGUCCAUGGGGCUUGCAGUGAUGUAUGCUCCAUGGAAGCCAUCGGUGAAUGCUUCGGUGGUUGCGAUGGAGGGCGAAUCCGUUACCAUUUUGUGCAACACGCAGGGAAACCCGGCCCCCAUCAUCUCCAUCAUCAAAGACAAACAGGUUCUGAAUUCAGUGAUAUUUGAAAAUGAACUUGUACUGGAAAUUCCAUCCGUCUCCCAUGAACACGACGGUGAAUACUGGUGCACCGCUGAAAACCAAUAUGGCCAAAGCAACAGUUCUUUUAACCUCACCGUUGUUUUCUCCCCGUUUGUUUUACCGGAAUCAAAGUGCACGGUGAGUAAGGACACCGUUCAGUGCAUCUGUACGGUGAAGUCCAACCCCGACUCGGUGAUAACAUUUGAAAUUCCGGAGAAGAACUUGACCAUCGGCGAGAUGGACCCUGAGUUUGUACUCUCUCAGAGGAACGGGUACAUGGUGAGCACUAUUAUGACCCUACAGAAAGAACGAGAGAUACCCAAAGAGGUCCUCUGCACGGCGAGCAACUUGUACGGCAGAAAGGCUGAGGAGCUGCCGUUCCAGGAAACCAACAAGCUGGUGUGGGCCAAGAUCGGACCGGUUGGAGCCGUUGUCGUUUUUGUAAUUCUUGUUGCCGUUGGUGGCUACUUCAUCAAAACCAGAGAGAAAAAGAAUAUGCCUGAGAGUUCUAGUUUCAUUCAGACAGAGACCUCUCCGAUGUCCUCUUCCAGCAAGAAAAACCUUGGAAAAGUAGAGAACCAGUUCCUCAGCAUUUCGGAAAGAGUCCUGCUGAACAAGAGACAGCAACCUCCGGCUGUGGACACUGACUAUGCAAACAUUGACUUUUCAAAGAAGAAUGUAAAAGACGGCUUCACCUCAGAAGAACUUACAGAAUACGCAGAGAUUCGAGUCAAAUGACAACCCAUUAUCUAACAGCACAAACACAUCUGUUACCCACAUUCUGUUACCGCCAUGAAAUAUCACGCAGGUGGCAUGUCUUACGCUAAAACCUUUUAAAUUGUUGAAGGUAUCAAAGCUUUGUUGGUGACAAACAAACCAACGCAAGGAUACAUUAUAAAUUCCAUACAUCUGGUCUUAUCUGCCAUAGACCUUUCACCAAGGAAAGCUUUGAUACAUAUUCCCAUUCCGUGUUACAAAGUUACCAACCUGAAUCCACGUCAUGAUGAUGCAAAGUUCUAGAUUGUUGGGUUCCAACGUCCAAGAGCUU